AUGACAGAGGUCGCAGCGCCGGCGGCGUCACAGUCCUCUUUCCCCCUCCCCCGCGUAGCCAUUCAGUUCUGCACUCAGUGCAAGUGGAUGCUACGUGCGGCAUAUUUCGCCCAGGAACUCCUCUCAACCUUCUCCACGUCCCUAGGCGAAGUCGCCCUCCAGCCAGCAACAGGCGGCACCUUCACCGUGACCUUAACUCACCUCCCCGAAGGCGCGACCACAACCUCCACGACAAUCAUCUGGGACCGCAAGCUAGAGGGCGGUUUCCCUGAAACAAAAGAACUAAAGCGCCGUGUACGAGACGUCAUCGAGCCGAACAGAGACCUGGGACACGUUGACCGCAAGCACAGCAAAUCCACCGCAACAACGACAAUGCCUUCAGAAGACAACCAGAAGUCGUCGUCGGGAAGCUUCGCGGAUAACCUCCCCUCCGCGUCCGACGUCGUUUCUCACCUCAAGAAACACCCCGCAAACGCAUCUGCCAAGCAGAGUCAGGAUAACUCAACCACAGAAAAUAGUCCCUUUGACGACGCUGCCCGAGCUGCUAUUAAAUCUGCCGGCGCAAACAAAGGGCAGCAGGACAGAGCCGAUGUUUCGCCCCCAGGCCAGAACCUUGGAGAGUUGCGACGACAGCACCAAGAGCAGCAGCAGCAGCAGCAACAGCCGACCCAAGGUGACAAGAAGGAAGCGUGCGAGGACUGUGCGUGA